UUUUUCUCGUAAUUUCUGGUGUUUUUGCUUGACACGCCGGCAUCUCUUUUGUUGUCUUGUGGAUUAAUCUGUGAAUUCCCCGACAAAAGUCUCUGUCCAGUGCUUAAAAUGCUGCUCAAGACUCUUGUACUGAGUGUCUUGCUGGCUGGGGCGUUACUAAAAGUGGCGGAGGCUUGCAAGGGGUGUGUUGAAUUGGAUGAACUCACCUUCGACAAGUUAAUCCCCCGAUUUCCGUUCACUCUCGUAAAGUUUGACGUGGCCUAUCCCUAUGGAGACAAGCAUGAGGCAUUUUCCAGCUUUGCACAAGAUGUGGCCGAAGUGAAUGAUCUGCUUGUGGGAUUGGUAGGUAUUAAGGACUACGGAGACAAGGACAAUGCUGAAUUGGGAAAGCUCUAUCAAGUGACAGAGAAGGAUUUCCCAGCCAUUAAACUAAUUAAUAGAUUGGCUCCUAAUAAGUGGAUAGACUAUCCUGCAGAUCUUCCGGUAACUGUGGACAAUAUUAAGAGCUUCGUGAGGGAACAUAGCAAUUUGUACAUUGGAUUAGCAGGAUGUCUUGAGGAGUUUGACCGUCUAGCUGGUCGGUUUAUGGAGGCUUUAACCAGAGGCGAGAAGGAAGCGCAAGAAGUACUGCAGGAAGCUCAAGUAGAAGAGAAGAAGUUCAAUGGUGAGGAGAAUUCUGGGAAAAUGUAUAUUGCAAUUAUGCAAAGAGUUCUGGAGAAGGGAGUUGACUUCCUGACCACUGAAAGGGAGCGUGUAAAGAGUCUGCAGGGGAAGAAAUUGUCUGAUGGUAAGAAACAGCUUCUUGAACAUCGACUAAACAUCCUGGCAGCCUUUAAGUCUACCGUCAGCGUGAAGACUGAAUUGUAGGGAGGCAUGUGGAGUAUUUAAAAAUAUUUCUAAGAACAAAUGUAUCAUUCCUCCUGGCCAGUUUUCCGAAUCCCACAGCUCUCAUUCUAUAUAGAAUUGGCUCAAGUGCAAUUUAUGUGAUCUUAUCCAUGCUGCAGAACAUUUUUUCAGCAAUAAAACCAAAAAGAUUUCUAGGCGAAA